GCUACGCACACCUCUGAUCCCUCUCUUAAGGCCGGAGCGGCAGCUGGGGGAAGAUUAGUUGACUCAGUGACAUAUUAGCAGAGAUCCGGUUCGGACUGGAGACCCUUUUUGAGUUCUCCUCUACUUUUACAAUUACUCUAUGUGACCGUUCACUUUAGCUAUGAGUUGUUUCGGAUACCGCCGGGAGUUGAGUAAGUACGAAGAUGUGGACGAGGAUGAGCUCCUGGCCUCGCUCAGUCCAGAAGAGCUGGCCGAGUUGGAGAAGGAGCUGGUGGACAUCGACCCCGACGCCAACGUGCCCAUCGGGCUACGACAAAGGGACCAGACCGACAAGACCCCGACUGGGACUUUCAGUAGAGAGGCGCUUAUGAAAUAUUGGGAAGCUGAGACACAGAAAAUCCUGGAAAAUGAAAUUGCCGGAGCGAGCGCUAAAACGGAUGAUGAAGACGAGCGUGUGACAGACAGAAACAGCGAAUCCGAAGAUGAAAAGGACGACGAAAGCGAGAAAGAGCAGAAAAAGGAUAUAGAGGAGGAAGAUGAAGAGGAGGAAGAAGAGGAAAGUGAGGAGGAAAGUGACGAAGAGGAGGAGGUUGAAACAGAAGAAGACGACGAAGACCAAAACGCUAACUUCAAGCCCGUAACGCCGCCACCGCCACCGAUCGUCGUCCCGCAGCUGCUGAAGCCACAGAGGGCGGAGCCAACUAGACUGACUCCUCCCCCUCCACCCGUGGACCCCAACGCCAGCGGGAACCCCACCGUCGUGGACGAGGCCCUGCAGCAAGCGCUUCGUGACGACCCUGAGCUCACAGAAGUCAACUUGAAUAACAUCGACGACAUCUCGCAGGAGACCCUAAUCCGAUUCGCCGAAGCUCUGAGAUCCAACACGCACGUGCGCGUCUUCAGCCUCGCCAACACCCACGCCGACGACCCGGUAGCUAUCGCCGUCGCUAAGAUGCUACGGGAGAACUCGUCUAUCGUGAGCCUCAACAUCGAGUCCAACUAUGUAAGCGGGAAGGGCGUCAUGGCCUUGGUUCAAGCCCUCCCCGGGAACAACACCCUGACCGAACUUCGAUUUCACAACCAGAGACACAUCUGUGGAGGACAGGUAGAGAUGGAGAUGGUGAAGAUACUAAGGGAAAACCAUACCUUGAUCAAGCUGGGCUACCAGUUCAACCUACCUGGUCCCAGGAUGAGCAUGACGGGGAUCCUCACCAGGAACCAAGACCGUCAGAGGCAGAAACGACUGCAGGAGCAGAAGCAACUGCAGCAGCAGGGGGCGCCGGAAGGAGCUGCUAAUCCACGAACCACAGCGCUGAGAGGAACACCCUGCAGCUCACCUCGAUCCUCUCCUUGGUCCUCCCCCAAAGUCCAGCGGAUCAACUUGGCUAAAAAGCAAACACCUCCUGCACCACCACCACCACCACCACCUCCUCCACCACCUCCCCCUCCACCACCACCUCCCCCUCCUGCACUCCUACUGCCCUCUCGGCAAGAGAAGAAGAAACCCACCCGGACCAUCGCCGAGGUGAUCAAAUCCCACGAGGCCAGCAGCAAGAAGACCAAGACCAAAGGGAAGAAGGGUAAGAAGGGCAAGGUCAAGGACGAGACCACCUGCAUCCUCAAGGAGCUGAAGAACGCGCUGAGACCUGUAGCGGUGGAGAGGCGGGGGGACGACAGCAGCAGGCCGUCCACGCCGAUGAGGUCAGCCCACGACCAGCUGAUGGACUCCAUCCGGAACAGCAACAUCCGGAGCCUGAGAAAGGUUGAACUCCCAUUGCACCUAAGAUAAUAUGAAGGAGGUUGCCAUGGUAACUGGCUGGGAUACAGGAGGAGCAAUGGUGAUUUAAAAAAAGUUGGAUUUUUUUUGCACUGUUACAUGAUUUUUUUUGUAAUUUUGUUUCCUUUUUUUUUCUUGUAAACUUGUAAAUAUGAUGUGCUAUGACGUGUUUCAUUUCUAAAUACAGAUUGCUUUUGUUGUCA